AUGUCAGCUGAUCCGCCGGGCACGACCGCCAGCAACCCGCCCCCAGCGAAACGGGCCAAGAAGAACAAGCCCCCCGCCCAGCCAACGAUCACCAAGCGCGGCACCGUCGUCGGCCAGCUCUCCGAGCAGAUCGCAGACUCAAACGACCCCGCCGUCAAGCCCUACGGCUGUGGAUACCCGCAAUGCCAGCAGCAACAGCCCCCCGUGCAGUUCAACAACUGCGGCAUGCUGCUUGCCCACUGGAGAGACACCCACGAGAACUUCAGGGGCUCGAUCGAACGGCCCUUCCUGUGCACGAUGGACGGCUGUCUCAGGGACUGGAAGGUAUGCUUUGCUUCCCCUGGCCCCUAG